UUCUUCUGCCUUGCUUUUCUCUCUUCUGAAGCAUCGCGUAAAUGUCAUUUUUUCCCUACGUGAUGCGUAAGCGGGACCACUGGCCUUCUAGGCUACUAUCUACCGCCUCCCCUCCGCCUCCCCUUCCUCUUUUGUCUGUGUCGCGAGUCGCGACUCGAGAGUCCCCAGUCGUCUUCGGCUCUCCGCUUCGGCAUCCCUCCCUCCUCCUUCGUGCUGCUCAAGACUAUCCGGGGUCCCUCCCUCCUCCUCCUUGUUGGUUACUGCUGUAGCGGCGUCUUUGUGGCUAGUUGAUCAUUGCCGUCGUCUCUCACUCUCUCUUCGUAGUUGCUUCGUUCUUAGCCCGUUAGCCUUCGUCUCUCAUGACUGUUCUUCAGCUAACAUCUUCUGUUCAGGAGUGAAAGAAGGAACUCGCUGUAUAACCUUUAUUUAGAUCUUCAAAAUUUCCUUAGCAUGUCCAUGCACCCAUUGCUUGUCAUAAUUCCGGUUGUGCUCUUGUUGAAGAAAAUGAAGAUGAGUGACCCUGUGGAUUUCCAUUUGCUCUUUCUGUAUGCAAAUGCUCGGGCCUGAGUGACAGUGUGCUAAGAUUUUGGAGUUUCGAAGAGUGGAUAGUUUGAUAUAAUGUGCAUAGCAGUGUUCAUGUGGCAAUCUCACCCAAUGUAUCCCUUCCUCCUCCUUCACAACAGGGAUGAAAUUUAUACUCGGCCUACACAGCCCUUGGCAUGGUGGCCAGGAGAUAGAAUCUUGGGUGGUAGGGAUGAGCAAGCUGGUGGCACUUGGUUGGCUUCCACAAGGGAUGGCAAAUUGGCUUUUAUCACCAAUUUCAGGGAAUGUGAGGAGCAUCCAAAUCCUAAAAGUAGGGGGGAACUACCACUUUGUUUCCUGGAGAGCAACAAGAGCCCUUGGGAGUUUGCUGAAGAGAUUCUGAAAGAGGCAGAUCAAUAUAAUGGCUUUAAUCUCAUAUUAGUUGAUAUUUGCAGCAGAACCAUGGUUUAUGUUAGCAAUAGACCCAAAAAAGAUAAUCUUAGUGUUUGUAUGGUCACGCCUGGUAUUCAUGUCUUGACUAAUGCCAGUUUGGAUGCUGCUUGGCCAAAGGUAAAGGGUGAACGGUUGCGUCACAAUUUCAAAGAACUCAUUGACCAAUACGGUGAAAGUGAAUUUCCCAUCAAAGAAAUGGUUGAGAAACUAAUGACAAACAAAAUUAAAGAUGAGGAAAGCUUGCUACCUGGGAUUCAUCCACCACAUCGAGAGUAUCCUUUGAGCUCUAUUUUUGUUGAAGCAGAUUUCCCAUGGGGGCGUUAUGGCACUAGGAGCUCUUCUGCCUUCUUUGUGAAAUCAAAUGGAGAAGCCAGUUUCUACGAGAAAUAUCUAGACGAUGUGGAUGGGAAAUGGAAAGAGAAAAUGAUGACAUGUAUGAUUAAUGGGGCAUAAUAAAUGUGCUGCUAAUCUUCAUAAAUGGCGUAGUGCUUGAAGUUCAAUUGCAACAACCUUGCCUGAAACUUGGAAGUCUUUAUGCUUCGGUUGACAAAUCAAACUUUUAUCCAAUGGAUAUGAUAAUGCGUUUGCUCGUUGAUAAAUGGUGAGGAUUCUGUUUUUACGUUGAAUAGAUUUGCGUCGACCGAGCAAUUAUAAGACGCACCAAAUAAAUCCCUAUAUUAUAGA